AGGCGGGACCGGACGCUACCGAAGCUGAUAUUGAGUGGGCCGGAAGUAGCUAUGACAGACCGGAAGGGCUCCUACGAGUUCCCGGAAGUGUCCCGGCGCGGGGAACGGAAGAGAAGGCCCCGCUCCCCGGCGAGCAUCCAAGAUGGCGGAGGUGGGGGAGGUGACCGAAGGCUGCCGCCUGCCCGUGUUGCGUCGCAACCAGGACAACGAAGAUGAAUGGCCUCUGGCUGAAAUCCUCAGUGUUAAGGACAUCAGUGGCCGGAAGCUUUUCUACGUGCAUUACAUUGACUUUAACAAGCGUCUGGACGAAUGGGUGACCCAUGACCGGCUGGACCUGAAGAAGAUCCAGUUCCCCAAGAAGGAAGCCAAGACUCCCACCAAGAAUGGGCUGCCUGGCUCCCGACCCAGCUCCCCAGAGCGGGAAGUGAGGAAGACCUUGGAUCUGUCUCUACAACCUGCCUCAACUCCAGCCAGCGGUAAGACCCUGCCCAUCCCAGUGCAGAUAACGCUCCGCUUUAACCUACCCAAGGAGAGGGAGGCUGUUCCCGGGGAGCCUGACCAACCCCUCUCCUCCAGCUCCUGUGUCCAGCCGAACCAUCGGACAACGAAACGGAAGGUGGAGGUGGUUUCCCCAGCAACCCCCGUCCCUGCUUCCACAGAGACCACUCAAGCCUCUGUGUUCCCCCAGAACGGCUCAGCCAGGAGAGCCGUGGCUGCCCAGCCUGGCAGGAAGAGGAAGUCCAACUGCCUGGGCACAGAUGAGGACUCCCAGGACAGCUCUGACGGCAUCCCCUCGGCCCCUCGCAUGACAGGAAGCCUUGUGUCGGACCGCAGCCACGACGACAUCAUCACACGCAUGAAGAACAUAGAGUGCAUCGAGCUGGGCCGGCACCGCCUGAAGCCCUGGUACUUCUCACCCUACCCACAGGAGCUCACCACCCUGCCUGUGCUGUACCUCUGCGAGUUCUGCCUCAAAUACGUCAAGAGCCUCAAGUGCCUGCAGAGGCACCUAACCAAGUGCGACCUGCGGCACCCGCCUGGGAAUGAAAUCUACCGCAAAGGCACCAUCUCCUUCUUUGAGAUCGAUGGGCGCAAGAACAAGAGCUACUCACAGAACCUCUGCCUGCUGGCUAAGUGCUUCCUGGACCACAAGACCCUGUACUAUGACACUGACCCCUUCCUCUUCUAUGUCAUGACGGAGUAUGACUGCAAGGGCUUCCACAUCGUGGGCUAUUUCUCCAAGGAGAAGGAGUCCACGGAAGACUACAAUGUGGCCUGCAUCCUGACCUUGCCCCCGUACCAGAGGCGAGGCUAUGGCAAGCUGCUCAUCGAAUUCAGCUAUGAGCUCUCCAAGGUAGAAGGGAAGACGGGGACACCAGAGAAGCCACUCUCAGACCUCGGGCUCCUCUCCUACCGCAGCUACUGGUCCCAGACCAUCCUGGAGAUCCUCAUGAACCUGAAGUCUGAGAACGGGGAGCGCCCACAGAUCACCAUCAACGAAAUCAGCGAGAUCACCAGCAUCAAGAAGGAGGAUGUGAUCUCCACACUGCAGUACCUGAACCUCAUCAAUUACUACAAGGGCCAAUACAUCCUGACACUCUCGGAGGACAUAGUGGAUGGGCAUGAGCGGGCGAUGCUGAAGCGGAUCCUGCGCAUUGAUUCCAAAUGUCUGCACUUCACCCCCAAGGACUGGAGCAAGAGGGGCAAGUGGUGAGAGGCAGGGCCUGUCUGCCACCCACUCCCCCAUGGCCCUGGCAUGGGGCCUCACAGCCAUCCAGCUAAUGUGCAGCUCUUGGGAGCUUAUCCCAGAGCCGGGACAGACUGGGCAACAGCAUCUCCAAGGGUGAUCGUGUGCUCUACCACAGGGCUAGGCUCCGGUCGUGGCUCGACCCCCAUGGGAAGGGGCAGAGGCCCCCAUGCUGCUCUCCUUGACUCAGUGCCAGGGUGAGGGCCCCAUUUGUAUGUAGGACUUACAUCUUGCCAGGCCAUCCUGUACAGUGUGGGCUAUGACCGAGGAGCCCAACGACUGGGAAUGGGUGGCCCUGGGACCUGGAAGCUGGCUGGCAUCUGCGUUUCUGUCACUCGAACUGAUUUUUUGAUAAAGAUCCUGGAACUAAAA